AUGGAACUUCCUCGGACUUAUAUUAGAAUAGAUGUAUCUCAUAUGGUAUACAUCUUUUGUCGAACUAAGUGUUUAAUAGGGCAUAAAAGAAGAACACUAAAAGAAUUUUAUGUCUGUUGUCUAAGACUUUUACUUACUUCAAAAGAUUUAAAUACAUUCGCCAAAUUACUCGAUGCUAUUUUUACAGUAACUUUAAGUGAAACAGACGGAGAUUAUAAAGAAACAAAAACACCCUCAGAAUUGAGUAGACAAUAUUUAUUAGAUUGUAUGAAAGGUCUGAGUAAAGACGACCAGUUUGAAGAAAAUGAUCCUGCAGUUACAACAGACAUAAAUGAAGAUAAUAUAAUAGACGAGGAAGCAUCCACAGCUUGUAUAAAUGAAUUUAUUACUGAUAUUUUAAAUGGUAGUACCAUAAAAGCCGCAGUAACUGGAGAUAGAAUAUCAGCAUACUAUUUGCCUGAAUUAGUUCCACAUGUCAUUAGAUGGUGUCAAGAUUUUCCAUUAUGGACUUCAGUCAUGCUUCAUAAAUAUAAUUCACCAUAUGAUAUCGCUACAUCGGCUACUGUAGAAGGAGAUUUUAAUACAUUAAAAAAUCAAAUACUUCGUUUUGAACAAAAACCAAUGUCCAUAGAUAGAUUUGUGGUUCGUCAUUUAAAAAGUAUAGAUGGAUCAACCAAAAUAAUGCGAAGCUCUCAGAUAAAGAAUAAAUGCCAACUAAAUGAUAAAAAAAGUUCUGAUGAAGAUUCAGUAUGUCUUUUCAAAUCGAAUGUAUCUACACCCACAUUUCUGGGUAAAAGUUUUGAUGAACUCAAAGAAGAAAAAACAAUUACGGGAUAUGAACAAAACCAAGAAAGUGUAGCUUAUGAUUAUAGUUCUGACGAAGAUUCAGUAUCUCUUUUCAAAACGAAUGUAUGUAAAACCAUAUUUCUGAGUAAAAGUUUUGAUGAACUCAAAGAAGGAAAAACAAGUACGGGAUAUGAACAAAACCAAGAAAGUUUUGUUUAUGAUAAAAGUUCUGAUGAAGAAUGUUUGAUCAUUAAAAAAUCAAAAAAAAAUCAAAACAUAUUUUUGGAUAUAAGUUCUCCCGAAAAAUCUCCAGAACAUAAUAAAAAUGUCGAGUCAUUACAAACAGUAACUGGUAAAAAAAUCGAUACAAGUAUUCUUGAACAAGAAACUUGGAGAGGACUUGGAGGUAAUCCUAAUUUUGAAUUGGAUACAAAUCUCAGUUUAAUUGCUGAGAAACCAAAAAAUCGACCAGGACACAUGUACCUGAAAUUGAUAGGAUAUUAA